AUGCCGUCCAUAACCCACCUCACCUCCGCCAUCUCACACGCCACAUUCACCUCCGCAGCCGAAACCAAAGGCACACCAUCUUACGAAGACCUUGCUUCUCGUUACCGUAACAUCGCAUUUGCGCAGAUGGACUAUGGACCGGAAACUAGCAUGCUGUUCAAGUUUGCUCCAAAUCAAUUGCCGAUGUUAAAACUUAUGUACCGGGAUAAGAAUGGUGGCAUGUGGGCUAGGACGGUGAUGGGAGCAGAUUUGAGAGAGUUGAAGGCUGGGAUUGACGAGAUGUUGGAGAAAGCUGGAUUGGAGGAGUGA